GCUCAACAGUCGUCCGGUAGAAACAGAUGCAUAACUGUCGGAUAAACAGUUCCAAUGUCCAGGCAUAGUUUACCGGAAAAAUAGCAAAUUGGCCAUUCUAACACGAUAUAUAAUCACUGCAGUGUUGCAAUUUAAUUCAAUAGUUAAAAUUGUAUAGGAUGAUAACAAAUUAAUGUAAUAAGCUCCCAACAUUGUAAUAUUAAAAAAAAACAUGGCGGCGGCGUCCUUGAGCACACGGAGCGCGAUGCUGCUGAGCGCUUUAGCCAGGUCUGGCUCAUUAUGCAGCCCGUCUGGAAGCAGAGCCCUCCACGUCACUGCAGUCUGCUGCAAGAAUCAUGCAGCUAGGGUCCGAGUGGGGAAAGGAGACAAACCUGUCACCUACGAGCAAGCACAUCCACCUCAUUACAUAGGCCACCGCAAAGGAUGGCUGUCACUGCACACCAGUAACUUGAAAGGAGAGGAUGGUGCAGCUGAACGGACCAUAGAGGACGUCUUCAUCCGGCGUUUCAUGUUCGGGACCUUCCACGGCUGCCUGGCAAAUGAGGUUGUGAUCAAAAGGCGUGGCAACAUGCUCACAGUGUGUGCUUUAAUGCUACAGAAAUUACCACCACUGAAGUUUUACUUCUUAAUAGGCUAUUCAGAGACACUACUGUCACACUUUUACAAAUGCCCCGUCAAGUUAGAGAUUCAGACCCUGCAGGAUAAAGCUGUGUACAAGUACCUCUGAUGGAAAUGUAAAGUGCUAAAGCUGCAUUUUGUUUCCCUUGUGGAUAUAACAACAAAAACUGAAUUCUGUUCUUGUAUAAAAUGGUGACUUUGUUCCGGUUUCCUUUAUCUUUUCUCAGUUUAUCUAAACUUGACUUAUCAAUUUUCAUUGGAUUGCAGUUUCAGUGUAUUUUGACUCAAAAUAAAAGAAUCAUAUCUGCAA